GGAGUGACAGAAUGAUGGAGUGAAUUAAUUCAACCUUAGCCAGCCCUGAUUGACUCGCUACCAAACUGGCAUGUACAAACACUCACAGUGACACCAAAGCCAUGGAGAGAGAAAAGAGGAAUGACAUGUCUUUUUCCAGAAAGAGAAGUUUCACUUUUGGGGCAUAUGGCGGUGUGGACAGAUUCACAUGUGGGGAUGAGACAAGCAGACCUGAAUCUGCAGAAAAAAAGCCACUGGGCAUCCUGGACUCUGCUAGCAGUGAGAGCAAGCCUUUGCUUUCUACCAGCUGCAGCCAGAGGGACACCGAGCUGUUUGAAAUCAUUGAGAAGCUGCAGGGCAGCCGGAUCGAUGAGCAGCGGUGUGAAUUCCCUCUGCCUCUGAAGUCCCAGCUUUUGACCAUAGGUGGAGAACUGCCACUCAUCCUCCCUUCAAAACUGGGAGGUUACUGGAUAGACCCCCCCCUGGAGAGGCUGGUGGACGUGAGUCCCACCUCACCCCACCAUGGCCUCGACCGGGAGAACUACGACAUCAUGGAGAGAGACGGAGAGGCCAGAAUCUACCAGGAGUUCUUCCGCUCUCGAUACCAUCACUCGUUCACAGCCACGGAUCCAUCAUUGGGGCCCCUGGUUCUCUCAGUGUGUUUGGAGGAAGAGGAGAACAGACUACGGGUGAUAUUGAGGAUGAAGGAGUGCUCUCUGCACGGAGUUUUCUCUGUGUCUCUUUUCCCAAACAUCCCAUCUGCUGUUGAUUUAGCAAAGAUCCUCUGCGACCGAGUGACCGCCUCAAAGUUUGAUGUGGUCAGCUACCUGAAGGCUCCAGAACUUAUCACCGCGUUCGAUGAGCACAGAGUGUCUCCUAACUUCAAGUUUGGUGUCUUGUACCAGAAGGACGGACAGUUCACAGAGGAGGACAUACUGAGCAACAAUGAGGAAAGUGAGGAGUUUAAAGAGUUCCUGUCUGUUUUGGGAGAGACGGUUCAGCUGCAGGGAUUCACGGGCUUCAGAGGAGGACUGGAUGUGUGUCACGGCCAGACGGGAACCGAAGCCGUCUUCACUUCCUUUCGCGGGAGAGAAAUCAUGUUCCAUGUCGCAACCAAGCUGCCUUUCACUGAAGGCGACCCGCAGCAGCUGCAGCGAAAAAGACACAUUGGUAACGACAUUGUCGCGUUAGUCUACCAGGAGGGCCAGACCCCGUUCCUCUCUGACCUGAUCAAGUCUCACUUCCUGCACUGCUUCCUGGUGGUCCGGAGGAUUCAGAGGGAGGAGGCAGGUGGAGCUGCAUUCCAGUUGUCUGUCACGGCCAGAGAGGACGUUCCUCUUUUCGGUCCAGUCCUGCCAGAUCCUCCAGUCUUCACAGAUCCUUCCCAGCUGAGAGAAUUUCUUCUGACCAAACUGAUCAAUGCAGAGAUUUCCUGCUACAGAGCAGAGCAGUUCAGCAGGCUGGAGCUCCGCACCCGAUCGUCACUCUUAGAGAGCUUGCAGACUGAACUCUUCACCCGCUCCCAGUGCAUGAUGGGAGAUCCGUCGCUGCACUCCUCUUCUGACGGUGUGCGGGGAGCGUCUGAAGGAAGUGGGGGAUUUAUUGAAAAUUUUAAGAGGGCAAUCAGAGUGCGGAGCCACUCUUUUGACACUCUCAGCGUUCCCAGGAAGAUUGUUGGCAACUCGUCACAGAAGUUCAAGCCAGACAGAGAUGGAGAGAGUGACAAAUCUUCUGCUUCCACCGACACUUCAGGAACAGCUGAACUCAAAGAACAAACAAGUCCCCAAGAAGAGACAUAGAAAAGUGACCUUGUUUGUUUUAGGCUUCAUUAUUAAGAAGAACACUGUUUGUGAUUACAUCUUAAUUAUACAGGAAAAUAAGUUGUAUGUAAAUAUAAAGCAAUGACAAAUAGAUUUUUCUGAAAAUAUAUUUAGUUUGCUGUUUUAGAAGUGAUAUUUAACCAUUAAAAAUAUGUAAGUAUCAAAGUUUGAUGCAUAAAAGAGACAUUUUAACGUGUUUGGGGGUGACAGGGUUACCACUUUGUGAAAACAUAAUAUGAAAUAUAAAUUAGAAUUGAUUAUUAAUUGAAUAUUUUAAGCUAGUUUAUGAUAUGAUACUAAUAAAACAUGAUCAGAGUUUGUGAGGAAAUGUGUUGUU